UACAGGACUCACUGGAGCUGAGAUCACAGAAACUGGUAUUUCAAGUUAGGCCACACACAUGAACAAAACAUUUAUUGUUAUAAGGCAAGGAUUGGUAUUUUGGAGAGUUAUAUCAUCAUCUAACUGAAGCACUACCUUGCCACUUCUGCCUUUCCUAUGUCACCACUAGCUGAAUUCAUAUAACAUCCUUGUGGCUAAUGCAGCCAUUGAUUAUGUAGUCAAGUAGGAGAGCAUUAAUUUAACUUCAGUUUCUUUCUUGUAAUUGCAUGUUUCUUCCAUUUUUGAACAAGUUAAUCAUACUGAGGGGCUGUAUUCACAUUUCUCUCUCUGCAGUCAACUUUGCUGCUGUGCAUUUCUAUGAGGUAUCAUACCUCCUUGCCUGCUGGAAGCUCAAUCCCCAGCCUGCUCUCCUGCAUGAUUAUUGUCUUCUCUCUUGAUGCAUCUUGCUGACAGUAGGACCACCAGUCUUACUGGAACUAAGCAAUCAACCCCACUUCUUAAGAGGAGCAGAAAACUCAGCUGUAGCAGGUGGUAGAAUAACUACCUGCUGAGUUUUCUGCUACACUAAUUGUCAGGACUUUGGACGUUUUCAAGCCCAGCUGCCCAACAGGAUAAACUAAUACAACCCAAUACUUCCAAAGUACAGUACAAGCUCUCUGGAUUGCAAGCAGUUUUCUUGUCCAGAGCCUGAAAAUGCAGUGGCUUAGUUCUUCCUUUCUAUGCUUCUCUAGAAGACUAUUUUUGUCUCCCAUGUAAUAAUGCCAAGCUCCUACCUUGCUAGCUCCUACUUUCCCUUUUAAGGAGCUUUUCUAGUUGUUAUUUUCCCCAGAGAGCUUAAGUGAUCAAAUAAAAACUAACUGAAUGAAGGGACAAAGCUGCAGCUUCGGAACAGACCCAUGGCCUGAAAUCUCUGCAAAAAGUGAUUUAGGAAAUACUUCCAGCUCUGUCAACCUAGCAGUGACGAAUUAAUAAUUGACCAUUAGAUUUUGGCACUGAUUUGAAGGAGUUAAAUUCCCAGGCUGCCUUUUCAGAGCAGGGUGGGGCAUUGGGGAAGUCAGAGGGAGGAAAAAAAGGCACCUGAAUGCCCUGGGAGGGAGCAGCAAAACCUUCUGCCAAGAUCCCCUUACUCUUCUAUGCUGCAAACACUCCCCAGCUGAGGGUGUCCUGGUGCCUACAGAAGACGCAACCCCCCCGGCCACACACACCUGACGGGGGCUGACUAGCCCUGGCAGCUGUUCCCCCACUAGGAAGCCAGUGCCACGUCCCGGUUCUGCUCACAUCUCCUCACAGCCACCCAACCCCACUGGUGUGACAGCACAUGGCAUGGCCAGUGACCAAGGCGUGAAGCCAGGGACAUGGACAUCCUCCCUGAUUCAGAGUGGGCAUUCUGGAAUACGUCCUUUGGGGGUUCGGGCACUGGGAGCGGGACCCUCUCUGGCCCCUGGUACAGAACACACAAGACUCAGCUCUUAGGAGUUGUACUUGCUGCUGCUGCAAAUUUUCUGAUUAGUGUCUCUUUGAAUAUACAGAAAUGCGCUCAUCUCCGAUUGGCUUGCGAAGCAGAGCCGAAGCCCUACUACAUGAGCAGACUGUGGUGGUGUGGAAUUACCCUCCUGGGGCUCGGAGAGGUGGGCAAUUUCACAGCCUAUGGAUUUGCUCCCAUUUCCCUUGUUGCUCCACUGGGAUGUGUAUCUGUCAUAGGUAGUGCAUUUAUUUCUGUCUUAUUCCUAAAGAAGACCAUGAGGGCUGCUGAUAUAUUGGGAGGAACACUGGCAGUAACAGGGACAUACUUGUUGGUGACAUUCGCUCCAAAUACACCCCAAGAACUCACAGCAAGACGAGUACAGAAUUACUUAGUGAGCUGGCCUUUUUUGGUAUAUUUGAUCUUAGAAAUUAUAAUAUUCUGCAUUCUCCUCUAUUUUUACAAAAGAAAGGCUGUGAAGCACAUCGUGGUUUUGUUAAUGAUGGUAGCACUACUGGCAUCCCUGACUGUCAUUGCUGUAAAGGCUGUGGCCAGCAUGAUAACACUCUCUGCGAAGGGGAAAAUGCAGCUAACUUAUCCUGUUUUCUAUAUCAUGAUUGUUUUAAUGGCAACUUCUUGUGCUUUCCAAGUCAAGUUCCUGAGUCAAGCAAUGCAUCUGUACGAAGUGACAGCAGUCGUGCCCAUUAAUUUUGUAUUCUUCACCAUCAGUGCCAUUAUUUCAGGGGUCAUAUUUUAUCGGGAAUUCCAAAGUGCAGCUUUGCUGAGCGUGUUCAUGUUUCUGUUUGGGUGUCUUCUAUCUUUCCUUGGUGUAUUUGUAAUUGAAAGAAGUAAAAAAGAGGAGCAUUUACAUAGUCCUUUUAUUGACUGUGGACAUAUUCCUGGACAAAAAUUGACAGGCAAAGUACAACCAGAUUAUCACAGUUCACGCUAUGGCACUUUGAAUAAUGAAGAUAACUCGGUGAAAAGUCAAAGCUGAAAGAAGAAAGCACCUUGCAUGCCAAUCAACAGGAGAAACGCCACUGGAACAAGGAUCAACAGCACCUUUUUGUCAGACAUAUUCAAAUAUAUGUUGAACUCCUGUGUGUUGAUGAGUCAUGGUAUUAUUUAAUCCUACUUAAUUUAUCCCAUGGCUCUCCCAAAUGUGUUCUGAAGAUAAAGGAAGCCUUAAGAAAAAUUAAAUAACCAUUAAUGAAACAGAACUUUCUUCUAGUAUCAAUGCCUCUUGGGGGUAUUUUUAGAGUAUUAAUUGCUUUGAAAAGCAAACAGGCACAGGACGUGAUUAUAAAAAUUCCCCUUUGAAACUCCCUAAGUCUGUAUAGAUGUUUAAAGCCAAAGGUGGCAAAUGAGAAGAAUUUUCAUAAGUGACUUCAAAGCAUUUUGUUAUAUGUAUAAUGCCUUUAAAAAUAUGUUCCUUCCUGUUCAGGAGUCAAAACCAUGUGCAUAUAUACAGUAUACAUAAAGAUGUACAAACAAUGUAUAGGGGGAAAACUCUGGUUAUCUUUUGCCAUCAGAUCAAUUCUCUUAUCUUCCAAGGAAACAAAUAUUUGUGUGAGGAGGGGGAUGGAAGAGAGCAUUUGCCAUGUACAUAGUCAGGCACACACAUGCACACAUUUGUGGUACCCAGCCAAGGCAGAGCUAGGGAACCACACUUGACAUUUUACAUCUUCCCAGGAGAGUCCUGCACACUGCGCUGGACUGGGCUGGGCUAUAAUAUCUGCUAGUAUAGCCUGGGAUUUAGCCUCUGUUUUCUGGAAAAUGAGGUUUUAAUAAAGAACCUGCAAAGUUCCCCAAAAGGAAUGGAGUAGCCAGGCUCCCUCCCUUGAUGUCUCUUGGAAAAAUACUCCUAAAAAAGAAAAGCAGGACACCUCCUGCCUACUUUCCUAAACCACUGGUAAUCCUGGAUGAGGGAAGGCUCACAGGAUCACAAAGAGUCACAGUAACAGUACAAUUUUUCCUUCAUUAAGUUGUAGUGUCUCCACACUGAUUUGAAGAGCCAGCAGUGGUGGGAACCAUGGCAAUACAGGCUUUGUGUCCAGCUUUCUGUGUCCCCCAGUCCCAGCCUCCUGGCCAGAAAGCUUCUUCUGGACAUUCACUGUGGGUCCACCUACCCCUGCCUGGUAGCGCAGAUCUGCCUCAGCCACCACAGUGGGGGCCAGACACCUCCUUUGCACAAACAAGUGAAAAGUGCUCUUGAGAAGUGUCUGUGUUUUAGACAAGAUACUUCUUUCAGGUUUGAAUUACUCUGCAGUAUGGAUAGUGGCCAUGGGCUGUGUGUAUUUUGUUCUGGGGGAUAUGAAGAAAUCAGAUCUCUUUUUUUUCCCCCUAGUAAUUGUUUAUUUCACUUCAAAGUAAGCACAGUUGAAGAUCUGUGAGACAGUUUCAUUUCAAACCCUACAAAACACACACAGAACUGUGUUUUUUCCUAUGCAGCAGCAUCCGGGGGUCUGGGGCGUGGGGCAGGGGGUUGUGGAGUUUUUAUCCAACGUGGAUCUUUUCCAGCUGGCAUAGGACAAGACUCUGUGUCUGCACCUCACUUAUACCAGCUGCUUGGCUGUGGCCUUCCUUUACCCUCUUACAGCUUGAGUUCAAGUUUCUGAAGCUUAAAAUUAAAAACAAACAAAACUAAGGACAUUCUUUUUGUAUGCUUUCUCCAGGGAACAAGGGCACGCCUCUAUCUUUUUUUUGCAAGUCAAAUUUAAGCCACUUUCAAAGUCUCAAGUGAGAGUAUCUGCUAAGGAUGGAAAUAUGAGCCUUACAGUUCUCCAUUUUGUGACCUGAGAAACAAAUGUAUGAAAGGAUUUGGGUUUACUUCUUUUUUAAAUUAUUGGCCUUGGGCAUCUUUCUGAUGGCUGUUUCCAUGAUUCUGAAGGGCUGGAGGACAUAAGGGUUACCAUGUAUAGUAUUUUCUCUUAAAAGCAGGAAAUCAAAAAUAAAAA